AUGCACGAUUUCAAGGUGGGCGGAGUCACUGUUUUGUGGGGCCAAGUACUCCCUGUAGAGGAAAUGGCGCUGGAAGUAAAAUGUGUGCCACAGGCGACAGACAUCAUUGCUGUGCAAACAUUCACAGGGUUUGUGGGCGGAUACAAUUUUUUUCAGAGCCAUGGAGAAGGGAAAUGUGGUGUGACUGUGCCUGGCGCUCUUCUUUUUGGGCACAGGACGAAUGGUUUUGCAGUGGGCUGGGAUGCUGUCAAGGAAGAUUAUCUGGCGAAUGCUGCACACGUUAGAUAUUCAUCUUCUUGGGAUGUCCUUGAGCGACCCACCGCCACUAACGAUGGGGAAGAGGAGAUGGUAAAAGACCGGACAUAA